UCUAAUUCGACCGAUGACUUCAUCCACUAGAUAAAAGUACGUCACUGUUCCUGGCAAACAGCAUUCAAAUAUGUCAAAGAGGCUCAUCAAUCUUUCUCAACAUCGCCCCUUCAAUAAUAUAAAACUCGCUGAAGCUAUUGAUGCCAUAACCAAGUCAAAAUGAAGAAUCCGAAGAGUAUGCCUUUGGAAGGAGUCGUGAAACGAUUCUUUUCAGCGGUUUUGUGUCUGAAUCUUGUGUGAGAGUUCUGUCUUUCCACCUUCGAGCUUCUCGUUUCUUAGUCGUGAGCAACACUAAUACCUUGAUCCUACCAGCUUUAAAUUUCCCACUGCGGUAGCACGACGUAGCUUCGAAUUUAAACUCGUCCUUGCAUAGCAUACUACUUCAAGUGCUCCGGAUACAGAGAGAAACUUUGACGUCCUUGAGCCCUGUCUUCUCAAGGUCUUGUAGUCGGUGUGUUUUGAAUCAUGGUUGUAAUACCCAGUCGAAGGUCCAUCUUGACACGAUGAGGAAGUUGGUAACUUUUGUUCUACUGCUUUUAACAGCUAGCACUGCAUCGUGGAUUCUAGGAGGACUUGCAGUGGGUAUUCUGUUGAGCUCCGAUGUGCCGGUGCUUACACCCUCGCAGUAUCUCAAUGUUUCCGAUGUUUAUCUAGUGUUCAUGGUAGACUGCAAUCUUGAGUUAAGAAACCGAACGCAUGUCCUCAGCACCAAUAUUACGGUCACGAGGUUACAAAAUUGUGUCCUUCUUUUUCAAUCAGAUGGAAACCUUGUGAUCUACAAGGAUUACAACUACACCUCUGUCCGCACUGACAUCGGAGUCCCAGUGUGGGCCUCUCAAACCCCGAUCCUAACCUCAAAUCUGGAAAGACCCGUCUAUCUACGGCUGAGUAGAGAUCGCUCUGUCCACAUAGCCCGUUACAAUUCACGUACCCCACAAUAUAGCUCUUCCACCUGGGAAUUAGUAGAAACGGUUGAAUCCAAUUCAAUGGAUGCAUCCUUAGAUCCCAACAUGGCAUGGAAGCCGAAUACAUCUCUAGAUAAUCACUCAUUCAUGCCCGCAGAAUAUUUUAUAUCCUAUAACUCUAGUUUGAAAACACCCGAUGGCAGGUUUGUACUCACCUUAACAAACAACUGCAUUUUGCAAUCCAGGGAAACAGACUCUGACAAGCUUCUCUGGGAAGGGGGGACGAGGCAACAAGUCGGACAAAAGUGUCAGCUCUAUCUGCAGCAGAAUGGUCUCCUUGUGAUCCGUGAUGAGGGUUCAGGUCAUGUUUACUGGAAUAGUAGCGUUGAGGCAGGAGACGAUAACAAAGAUUCCGAUUGGGUUCUGCAUUUGAACGUAGAAGAUGGAAGCAUCAGCGUGAGGGACAUUACGAACAGGAAUAUUAUCCUAUGGACAAACAACGACGAAGCUACAAGCCAUGACCCUAAUGGCUCUCCUGCCCCAACCAAGGCCAGUGUACGGAUCAUUGUUGGCGUGGUGAUUGGAGCUUUUGUUCUCGCCAUCGGAGCCGUCGGGCUGUACUACCGUAGAAGGGCAAAUUUCAUCGAUCCUGCCGACAGAGACUUCCAGCGGCGUUUGGAGAGCAACGGCGGAAUAUCUCGAUCAUUGUCGCUGGCUAAGAUCAAACAAGCGACAAACAAUUUUGCAAACGUGAUCGGGAGUGGUGGUUUUGGUGAUGUGUUCUACGGCAAGCUGCCUGAUGGCCAAGAGGUUGCGGCUAAAGUUUUGGCGACGAACUCCAGUCAAAGCAAGGAUGAGUUCUACAAUGAGGUUGAGCUAUUGUCCAUGGUGCAUCACAAGUACCUGGUUUCGCUCCUCGCGUACAGCUGCACACGAAAGCAGCAGAUACUGAUUUACGAGUACAUGGGUGGAGGAGACCUGCGCUGCAGACUGCGAGGGGAUAGUGCUGCUGCAAAUCCUUUGAGCUGGCGCCAGAGAACAAGCAUCAGCCUUCAAAUUGCAGAUGGAUUGGAGUAUCUGCAUGACAAGUGCUCUCCGCCGAUCAUCCACCGCGACGUGAAAAGCACCAACAUUCUGCUCACAAACAAGCUUGAUGCCAAAGUGGCGGAUUUCGGGCUCUCGAAACUUAAGACCAUUGGGCACGAAGAUGUGACGCAUAUCACGACGGUCGUGAAGGGGACCCCAGGAUAUCUUGAUCCCGAAUACCACGAAUCAGGCCUACUGACGGAGAAGAGUGACGUGUACGCGUUUGGAAUCGUGCUGAUGGAGAUUCUGACAGGAAGACAUCAAAUGCAUCUCGCGAUGACGGUUGCGGAAGCUUGGAGAUUGGAACAGUUGGAUGACUUGGUGGAUCCAAAUUUGGGAGGCGACAUCGACAGGGAUGAGCUGACAGAGUUGGUGGAGCUCGCGUUGUGGUGCACCCGUAGGAACAGUGCGCAGAGGCCGUUCAUGCGUCAAGUUGUGCACAGGCUUCGUGGAUUGGGGCUGGCCUUGGUCGGGCCACAUCCAAUUGGAGACGACUUCAGCGUCGAUGUCAAUGAUUUCGAUACGGCACCCUUGAGCGACAUCUCUUCCAGCGGCGGCACGAACACUGACGUCCGGAAAGGUUCAUCUUCCUUAUAACGUGGGCACCCGCCGCAGAGUAAAGCUGCGUUGGACUGAUCCAAGCACCGUUGUGGUGCCGGCAGCUGCGGCGACAAGUGCCAAGGCACCUACAGCUCAGGCAGACACAACUAUUGUACAGACCAAUUUGAACUGAAAGUUGUUCAUUUUGAAUAAGUAUUUGCUGUGCAGUAGUCUGUUUCUUUCUGGGACAAGUAAUGAGAACAGUUUGCUAGCAAGGAAGGUCCAUUUCUAAUUGAUUUGCUUUAUUUUGCUGGUUGUUACCUAUUUAACUAAACUGUUGCUGUUAGGAAUCAAGUGAUAGCAAAUAUUGGAAAUGAUAGAUGGAAAAAAAAGGAUUGAUGACAGGGUGAAAAGAGUACGUAGCAAACCUUAUCAAUCUUGCCUUUUUGGAGGAGUGGUCUAUUUUUUAUUUUUGUGGUUUUGAAACUUUAUGCAUAAAA